CCUAGGCAACAAGAGCGAAUCAGCAUCUCAAAAACAAACAAACAGAAAUAAACAGAUGAACCACAGAGUGGAAGAAGUUAUUUAUAACUUAUCAACAAAGGAUUAAUAACCAGAAUACUUACCUUUCCUACACUUAAAAAGAUUUACUGCUUUUCUUUGUGACUUAAUGUCUAUAGUCACUCAUUGUUAGAUUUAUCUUAGGAUCCCAAGCUCUACCUGAAGUUGAUUGAUCUGCAAAUUUAGUGUUAAAGUGAAUUAUUAGGAAGUUUUCUGUACUAGGCCUCCAUUAAAUCAGUUUGUCAUCUAUAAAAUCCACUUGGACUCAAAAUUUGAUGGAUCAAGCCACUUCUUUUAGGGAACCCAAUAGAAAAGAUAUGGCUUUCUAGUACCUUGUUGUUUUUAUACUAUUCAAUAAUAUUUUCCUAACAAUAUUUCUCUAAUAAUUCAAAUUCACAUAUUUCUUGCAUUGAACUUGGUUUAUAACAAAGGAGAAAUUCUGUUAACAUCUAAAAGUGAUAAAAAUAUUAGUUGCAGCCACAUGUUUAGAUUUUAGUUUUUAGUGUAUAGUACUUACUAGCUAUCUGUUUCUCAGAAAAUUCCUAUUUUCUGUUUUGAGAAAGAAUGGAACUCUAGACUUUCACAUGCAAUAAUUGUGUUUUUAACAAAUCAGUUGACUUUUCUGGUGCAUUUAAAGAUGCUUUUUCCUUUCAUCUCCAUUAGUUGUAAUCAACUUGUAGCAAGAGAAAAAGACCAACGUUUUUCUUUGUGUUUUGUUCUUGUGGAAACAAAAGUUAAGUUUUUACCACCUGUUAAAAGAGUAAACAUUACCUCCUCAGUUUCAGACCUAAUCAUAUUUUGUGAAAAUGAAUCACUGACACUGAUGGCCUGGUACCAUUGUAGCAGUUGGUGCAAUACCUACUGUCACAGGAUUUUGACUCCUUGAAGGCAGGAGCCAGGUCUUUUAUAUUUGUCAGUAACAGGUUCAUCCUCCUGUUUUUGUUAGCAUUUUGGCAAUAAAAUAUGUGAAUUAGAAUUAUCAUAAUAGAGGUGGUUAUCUAAUAAUAAAUGAAUGAUAUAGAAAGUUACUAGAGAGUUUAAAAGCUUCAUAGAGAUCAGUGAUUAUAAUACUUUAGAUAGGAAUUGCAGAAAAGUAUUUUGUAAAAUUGCAUUGCGAGAUAAUCCGCUUUGUGAUUGAGGGAGGGCAGGCAAAUGAACUGUGUUCAUGUGUAUUGCACACUCAGUACGAUAUAGUUUUUAUAUAUAAGUCCUGAAAAUAGAUUUGAGCUUUGUUCUGUGGACCAUGGGACCUGUACAGUCAAUAGUGAAUUGUUCAGGAAUUGGGUCCAGAUUAUCCUGAAUUCUUUGUGGUAGAGCCUUUGAAAGGGCUUAGAAAAUAUUCAGGAGAGCUGUUUCAUGACCAGAAGAGACCAGGAGUCUGCUUCUGCAACAGUGCUGGUACUCAAAUAACCCUGACCCAGGAGACUAGCACACUCUUUGAUCUUUAGAUGAUCUUUCUCCAUUUUUACAAAUAAUGACAUUAAAUCUAUUUUUGCUAAUAGUAGAAAGCUGAAUUAUCUGGUUUUGUAAUUUAAUGAGAACUUAAUAUAUAUAUGGGUGCCAUAUUUUGUUAGCACACUUUAGUAAUGCAGUCUCCUUGCUUCUUGCUUUGUUAGUGAUAGUAUUUGCUUUUCAACCUAUGAAUGAGGUUUGUUAGCACCAAACAGGGUGUUGCUUCUUCUCACUUUGCCACUAGUAAAAGAGGUGUGGUUGAUGAUAGCAAUCUAGGCUUUAUCCAAAGUUGAUCUCACAGCUUUCUCAGAUAGCUACCUUCUUUUUCAGCGUACUGUGACAAGGGAGCUAUCCAAAGAGGUGUGAUUCCCACCUCCCUGAGAGGUAAACCAAGCUGUUACAACCCAGGAGACCUGAUAAUUAAAUUUCCAAAUUCAUCUUUGUUUAUAUUUGCCAGUGGAAGUUUCUAAAUUGAAAUGUUUCUACAAAUUAGUUUUGGUACCUGUAACUGAAGGAGCUGGUGCAGCAUAUACAGAUAUGUCUAGCCUGCUAGGUCUGCCUGCUGUAUAUAGAGGGCAAAGUCUAUACAAGACAGUACCAAAGAUGAAUUUUGAUUUCUAAUAUUUUUCAAGUAGCCUGGUUUUUCCCCACCUGAUAGAAGUUGCUACAUCUUUCCAAACAGGUUCUCUAAUGAUCUUGCUUCACCAUGGCUACAAAUAUGGAGGGGCUGGUUCAGCACAGAGUGGGGACCCAGCAGGUGGCUGAGGUAACACGUACACAGACCUCUCGGCCAGAAUCUCCAGGGAUGACCAGCCCCUCCCCACGCAUCCAGAUAAUCUCCACCGACUCUGCUGUAGCCUCACCUCAGCGCAUUCAGGGCUCUGAACCUGCCUCUGGCCCAUUGAAUGUUUUCACCUCUUUGAACAAAGAGAAGAUUGUCACAGACCAGCAGACAGGACAGAAGAUCCAGAUAGUCACCGCAGUGGACGCCUCUGGAUCCCCCAAACAGCAGUUCAUCCUGACCAGCCCAGAUGGAGCUGGAACUGGGAAGGUGAUCCUGGCUUCCCCAGAGACAUCCAGUGCCAAGCAACUCAUAUUCACCACCUCAGACAACCUCGUCCCUGGCAGGAUCCAGAUUGUCACGGAUUCUGCCUCUGUGGAGCGUUUACUGGGGAAGACGGACGUCCAGCGGCCCCAGGUGGUAGAAUACUGUGUGGUCUGUGGUGACAAAGCCUCCGGCCGUCACUAUGGGGCUGUCAGCUGUGAAGGUUGCAAAGGUUUCUUCAAAAGGAGUGUGAGGAAAAAUCUGACCUACAGCUGCCGGAGCAACCAAGACUGCAUCAUCAAUAAACAUCAUCGGAACCGCUGUCAGUUUUGCCGGCUGAAAAAAUGCUUAGAGAUGGGCAUGAAAAUGGAAUCUGUACAGAGUGAACGGAAGCCCUUCGAUGUGCAACGGGAGAAACCAAGCAAUUGUGCUGCUUCAACUGAGAAAAUCUAUAUCCGGAAGGACCUGAGAAGUCCCCUGAUAGCCACUCCCACGUUUGUGGCAGACAAAGAUGGAGCAAGACAAACAGGUCUUCUUGAUCCAGGGAUGCUUGUGAACAUCCAGCAGCCUUUGAUACGUGAGGAUGGUACAGUUCUCCUGGCCACGGAUUCUAAGGCUGAAACAAGCCAGGGAGCUCUGGGCACACUGGCAAAUGUAGUGACCUCCCUUGCCAACCUAAGUGAAUCCUUGAACAACGGUGACACUUCAGAAAUCCAACCAGAGGACCAGUCUGCAAGUGAGAUUACUCGGGCAUUUGAUACCUUAGCUAAAGCACUUAAUACUACAGACAGCUCCUCUUCUCCAAGCCUGGCAGAUGGGAUAGAUACCAGUGGAGGAGGGAGCAUUCAUGUCAUCAGCAGAGACCAGUCGACACCCAUCAUUGAGGUUGAAGGCCCUCUCCUUUCAGACACACACGUCACAUUUAAGCUUACAAUGCCCAGCCCGAUGCCAGAGUACCUCAAUGUGCACUACAUCUGUGAGUCUGCGUCCCGUCUGCUGUUCCUCUCAAUGCACUGGGCUCGGUCAAUCCCAGCCUUUCAGGCACUUGGGCAGGACUGCAACACCAGCCUGGUGCGGGCCUGCUGGAAUGAGCUCUUCACCCUCGGCCUGGCCCAGUGUGCCCAGGUCAUGAGUCUCUCCACCAUCCUAGCCGCUAUCGUCAACCACCUGCAGAACAGCAUCCAGGAAGAUAAACUUUCUGGGGACCGGAUAAAGCAAGUCAUGGAGCACAUCUGGAAGCUGCAAGAGUUCUGUAACAGCAUGGCGAAGCUGGAUAUAGACGGCUAUGAGUAUGCAUACCUUAAAGCUAUAGUUCUCUUUAGCCCCGAUCAUCCAGGUUUGACCAGCACAAGCCAGAUUGAAAAAUUCCAAGAAAAGGCACAGAUGGAGUUGCAGGACUAUGUUCAGAAAACCUACUCGGAAGAUACCUACCGAUUUAGACAGGAAAGUUUUCAGAUCUGCCAAAGGGCAGAAUGCAUUGACAGGCUUUUCAGCCAAGGAUGGAAGAAUGCUUUCCUGUGACAGCUUCUGACCUAACGGAAGCUACAUGAAUUUGUGAGACCCUUUCAAGUAAAGUAUUUCCCUCCCCAUCAUAUCCCCCUAAAAUAAACAUUGGAACAAAAUUGACAGCAUGGGAAGACACACAGGCCCACCUUCCCCAAAGUGUGUCCCCUGCACAGACCUCAGUCUGCAGGAGCCCCAUGGAACAGAGGUGUCUUGGGUGUACAUACAUUUUGUACUCACUUGUUUGGUUUUUUCUCAUGAUAAAUUUCUUUAAAAGGAACUGUUGAAAUCAGAAAAGAGAGGUGGGUAGAUGGAUGCAUUUGGUUUGAUUCUGUGCAGUUCAGACAGGGCCCCAGGGGCCUGUGCUGAGCUGUGGUUGAAGGGCACCAAAUAGUCUCCUUUUCCAAUGACUCUCUCUUUUACAGAUUGGCCAGGAUCCUCGUUCGCCUGCCGGCACUCAGGCUGAUGAGCUCCAACAUAACAGAAGAACUUUUUUUUACUGGUCUCAUUGGCAAUGUUUCGAUAGACAGCAUAAUCCCCUACAUCCUCAAGAUGGAGACAGCAGAGUAUAAUGGCCAGAUCACCGGAGCCAGUCUAUAGUGCACACCACACACCUGCCAAGGAGCAAAAGAAUCCUCCCAGGACCGUUCACAUACAAAGAAAAGUAAAGUAGUGGUAUUUUGGUAUGUGCAAAUAUUUCCAUAUGUUAGCCAUUUCCUGUCUGGUUUUUCCUUAUCUGUUAAUCCCAGACAAUAGCAAUUAAGACUAGUAGGAUCCUUUCCUGACAAGAAAUGUUUUAAUGCCUUUUGAUGAAGCAGCAGAUUUUGAAACAAUCUUUUAACUCAGUUUAUAUUUAGAAAUUCUCAAAGGGCAAAAAACAAAGGUUUUCUAACGUCAGAGACUAGCAUUAAAGAAAACUGAAAGAACCU